UUAGGCCCAAAUCAAACGCGCCCUCUCCCCGGGCUCGCACCCGCCGCCGCCAUUCACGCUCGCAGGAGCCGCCGCCGCCGCUCACGCUCCAGGCUGCGAGCCCACUGCCGCUCGCGAGCUCCUCGUCCCAGGUCCCAUCUGCCAUCUGCCGUCCCGAUCGAGCGACAGCGAGGCUUCGGUGGCCGGCGGCCGGCGCGCAAUCUGCGGGUCUUCGUCGACCGUCGUCGUCUCCCUCCUCUCGGCCGCCGGUGCGAUGAGGCGGCUGCUCGCCCACCUACACCCCCAUGCCCAGAGCCUCCUCGCUCCGCUGCCUAGCAAACCCUCCAUCGCCACCAAGCUCCCCUUCCUCCUUCCCCGCCGCCUCCUUUCCGAUGCCGGCUCGCCUCCUGCCCCCUCGCUUCCGUCUCCUUCCCCGCCCGCUACCGACGUCACGAACACAGAGCUGAAGAAGAGGUUGGAGACUUACUAUGGGGUGGAUGAAGAGGCAGAGUUACCAUCUGUCGCUGAGGCUGUCCUUGAGCGGAAUCUCACGGGUGCCCAUAGUGAGACUGAUGAUGACCUUAUUGAGGAGCUGCGUAGAAAGCCACUUCCUGAAGUCGGUGACCAAGACUUUGAGUCUGAUUUUGAGGAGAUGCACGAUACCGACGAGGAGCUGAGUGACCUCUACAAUGCGAGGGAGCAUGUUGAGAAGAAGAUCAAGAACAAUGAGUUGUUUAACAUGGAUGAUACCAAGUGGGAUGCCUGGAUGAAGGAGGCCACAGACAAGGGCUGCUUCCCUAACAUGAAGGUGUGCGAGGGAAUCCUCGAGGACAUGCUCUACUGGGACAAGUUACUACCUGAUGAGAUCAAACAAAAGGUGGAGGCCAAAUUUAAUGAGUUGGGAGACAUGUGUGAGAGGGGAGAGAUGGAACCUGAGAAGGCGUAUGAGUUGUUCAAAGAAUUUGAGGACAAGAUGGUUGCCGAGUGCACUGAACUAAUCGAAGCAGAGACGCCAACUGAUGCUGAUGAACUGACUGAAUCAGGAAGUAAGAAAGUUGAGUUAGAUGAUCUACCUGGCGAGGGACCUGUUCUAAGGUGGGAAUCACGGAUUGUGUUUGCUCCUAGUGGCGAUGCAUAUCAUCCCAAAAACAGAAAAGUCAAACUCAGUGUAACUGUGAAGGAACUGGGACUUUCACGACAUGCUUUCCGUCGGUUGCGUGAUGUUGUUGGAAAGAGGUAUAAUUCUGGGAAAGAUGAGCUCACAAUAAUCAGUGAAAGGUUUGAACAUCGGGAAGAGAACAGAAAAGACUGCUUGAGGACACUGUAUACUCUAAUAAUAGAUGCAAUAAAAGCUGACAAACUUGUUGAGGAUGCCAGGAAUGCUUAUGUUAAAGGAAGACUUAAGGCUAAUCCUCAAUUUAUGGAACGAUUGAAGAGGAAGACAGAGAAAUUGAUGGCAGCUGCAUAAGGUGUGUUACGGAGCUCCUUGUUGUAAUAGUUCCUCCCUUUCCUUCAUCAACAUGGUGACUAUUCUGUAUUCUCAUUUUUAUUGUUGGUUAUAACACAGGGAGAAUAAUAUGUUGUAUGCACUUAGCUUCGCUUUCUUUAAUUGCUUGGACUCUUUUGUAGGGGUAUUCUUAGUCAUACUAUAUGUUGAUCAUCUAGAAUAACAAUGUCAACAUACAUCUGCACUCUAUGCCUUUUUGGAGACCUUUUGCUGUUUCCUAAAUUGAAGAUCGAAGAUGCUUACUUUCCUCAGUUUGCUCAGAGUAGCAACUACUACUCACAUGGCAGGACUGGUAUCAAAUCUUAACCUUCUGGUCUGUACAAUCGAUUCAUUUAAAGGAUGCAGGGCGCGUAUGCGAGACUACAGCGUGCAUGGACCCAAUGUUGAGUCGGUGGCAUCGUGCAGAGGGCACGUGGCGGCGGAGUGUUGAUAGUGGUCAGUACAAUCGCGAUUCAGAGCUCAGCUUUUGACAAAUGAAGAACGUCCUGUACCCGGUUUAGUAGUUAAGGUCCCAUUCCUUGGAGCUUAUUUAUCGAAUCUAUCUAUUAUUUAACAUGUUUUUCUCUCAUAAUAAAUUAAUAAAUAGUACUUUCAGCUAUGAUUUUCAAAUAAA